AAAAGUAAGUGGUAAUCAGUAAGAUCCGAGGACUCGGAAGUGUCGAGGAAUUCUUGCGAGUUUAGCAGCAUAUUAGUAGUGUAAAAAGUGAAUUUAGUGCGGAAGAAACAUAGCACCGAAACGAAGCAGGAAUCAAAAACCGCCCAUUACUACUGAUCAGUGCGGAUCGAACGACGAUCCGUUUCUAUCAUCGAGAGAGAAUAUCCCGCGGAAAUGACGCUGAAAGAUGAAAUCGUCACCGCUUCAGCGGAGGUCAAACCCGACUUUGGCGAAUCGUACUCCACCAAAGACGAGAUCCUUUUGCUGUCAUCGUCCAUCAGCCGGAAAUUGUCAGCAACACAGCCUUCCUCACCUCCGUUAUCCUACAACAGAAGCGAGGAGCACGAAUGUGUUGCCCCGGUACAAAAGCACCACCAACAUCCACCACAGCACUACCAACCGAACCAGUAUCCAUGUGAAACGAUCGAAACCACUCGCUAUCAGCAGCAGAGAAACGAAGAUUACAACGACUACGAGCAACGGGAGCCACAAGAGAAUAACGACGUUCACGGUUCCAAGAUGUAUGAUAUUCUGGUUGUAAAUAAAAACUAUGAUGCCGAAGGGCCCGACUCCAUCUCGGUUCGGGUGGGAGAUUUGGUGGAGGUUCUGGACAUGGGCGAGUCCGCAGCAGCAAACACAGUAGCAAAAAAACCUAAAUUAGAUCCGCUGUUGAGCGUAGGAAAAACCGAAAGUCUGCUGGACAGUUCCAUCUCCAAGCACAAGCUGGCAGUCAAACCGAAAAAGAACUACCAGAGUUCACUGCGAAGAAGCGUUAGUCCACAGCCUUCGCAACAGUACCGACCAAAGCCGAAUGAAAAGUGGAAAGUACGGAUCUUCGACGGGGAUGAUAACGCCAAGGCAGGCUGGAUCCCGGUGUCGGUGCUGGACAUCAUGCACACCGAUCAGGCUGUUUUCGGUGAAAAAGCCAACGAUGCCGCCUAUCGUCGAGAAGCUGUCGUUCGAGAGCUGAUUGAAACUGAAGAAGAGUUCGGUCGAGACCUACAGCAGGUGGUCGAAAAGUACAUCAAAUACAUCGACAACCCGGACAACAAGAUUCCCCGACAAAUCCGCGAUCACAAAGAUGACAUUUUCAACAACUUCAAACAGAUUGCCGAUUUUCACAAUACAGUACUCAUCGAGGGCGUCAAAUACUAUGCAAACAAUCCGAAGAUGAUUGGAAAAACGUUUCUUCGGUUAGAGCGUGAUUUCGACAAGCACGUUCGAUACUGCCGCGAUGCACCGCUCACCCAGGAGUUCAUCGCUAGCAACGAUUUUGUGCGGGAUUUUUUUAUGGAAUUAUCCCAAAAUUUGAACGACGAUAAGACCCUCGCUGAACAUCUAAAACUACCAAUACAGCGCAUCAACGAUUAUAAAUUACUGUUCAAGGAACUUUUGAAAUAUUCCACCGCACUCGGCGAAAAUGUUACCGAUCUCCAGAAAGCCCUAGAGUUGAUGCUCUCAGUGCCUAGUCGAGCAGCAAACAAUAAAUACUUGGAGAGCAUCGAAGGUUUCCGCGGAAAUCUACAAAAACUAGGACGCGUACUCGCUCACGAGUACUUCGGUGUGAAAGAUAAAGAAGGUAAAAUCAAGGAACGCUACCUGUUUUUAUUUAAAGCACGCAUUCUCAUCACCAAGGGAAAGCGUCUAUCGGAUGAAAAAUCGAUUUUUAUUCUUAAGGAUAUUGUAAAACUACCCGACGUGCAAAUCAAGGAAAUCGAUUCUCGAGCUUUUGAAUUACAUCCCAAGGCAACCGGACGUGGAGACACCGUGCAUCUGAUCGCGUACUCGGAGGAAUCUAAACAACGCUGGAUCUACGAAAUCGAAGAGUACGCUAACAACGCAGUUGCGUUACAGGAACACGGCAACGACGAUUUACGUAUUGAUCCUACUCAGACCAAUAUCGAUGAAAGUAUCAUUAAACUACCACAAAGAAUAGAAGCACAUAAAAGUGACGAAAAUAUCAAGCCUUCAGACUUUGCAGAUAAUUACGUGGUUUUCAAGCAUAAGACACAUCGUAAAGACACUCUACCGCUGCAACCAGUUUCAAGUCAAGAAGCAGUAGCCGCUGAAACAGAAGAAGAAGAAAAACCUGCCAGUGUUCAGGAACGCCUAGCAGCGUUAGAAGUGAAGAAAUCUACCCGGAAAUUAGAUAUCUCUACGAGCAAACAAGAAGUUGCACAACAUCAGCAGGCGGAACAAAUUGUACAAAGCCAACGUACAAACACUCAAGUUCAAGAGAAUAAGGCAGCUUCUAUUCAAGUUAAGCAAGAAUCCAAAGUAUCGACUCAAUCUAAGGUACAGGAAUCCAAAAUAACAAGCAAAACCAGCACCCAGGCCGCAGAGUCGACUGCUUUAGCAUUUAAACAAGAGACUCAACAAGCGAAAACCCAAGUGCAGGAGCUCAAAUCAUCAAAAUCUCAGCAGCAUCAAAGUGUCGUCCAAACACAGGACUCCAAAUCAAGCGCUGUUAAGAGGCAACAGGAGGAACAACUAGGAGCUCAAUCGAAGAUACAAGUAAUCGAAACAAAAGCUACUUCAUCAUCGCAACAAUCUGCUACGAAAGUAGAAACCAAAUCAUCAUCCUCUACCCAACAGCAAUCAAUCACAAAAAGUCUGCAGCAGCAAAAAAUUGCUAGUCAGUCAUCGGCUGCAACGCUAGAGCAAAAUUCUGCUUCGAAAACCGUACAAACUGAUUCUAAAAAAGCAUCCACAGUUGAACAGCAAAAAGAAUUUACUGCCGAAACAGUACAAGCGGUGUCCACUAAAACAGCUUCGAUCAAGCAAGAGACCAUCAGUAGUUCUCCAAUUGACGCUGAUUCGAAAAUAAAACAAAUCGAAUCAAAAUACGCUGCUCUCAAGCAGAAACAACUCGAACAAAAGUCCGAAGAAGUAGACGCCAAAUUCCAAAUCGUUGAAUCCAAAUUUGCUGCCCUCAAGCAGAAGCAGGAACAACAAAAACUACAACAGCAACAGCAAAAGCAAUCGCAGCCAGAAAUCAAACCGGCUGAACCACCAUCCAAGCUUCAGCAAAUAGAAUCGAAAUAUAAAAAACAAGAACAGUUGCUAUCUCAGGAAGCAAAACAGCAAGAAACGGUAGUACAGGGUACCGUGAUAGAAGAGAAAAAACAGUCGCAGCCAGAAACCAAACCGGCUGAACCACCAUCCAAGCUUGAGCAGAUCGAAUCGAAAUAUAAAAAACAGGAACAGUUGCUAUCUCAGGAAGCAAAACAGCAAGAAACGGUGGAACAGACUACCGUGAUAGAGCAGAAACCUCAGACGAAGCUUGAGCAAAUCGAAUCAAAAUACAGCAAGAAUUCACAACAAAAUCCUCCGGAUUCUGUUGAAGCUGCACCAGUUACUCCCAUAGAAUCAAAACCUUCUAUUACUGCAGAUACUCCACAAACUCCUGAGCCAUUGUCGAAGAUUCAACAAAUUGAAUCGAAGUACGCAUCUCGGAGACAAAAACAACAACAACUGCAGGAAAACAAACCAGUUCAAGAGGUAAAGGUCGAUUCAGGAAGUGUUUCUGAGCAAAGCGAGCCACAAUCCAAAUUAGCACAGAUCGAAGCAAGGCAAACUGCUCGGAGACAAUCUUUCCAGAAGGAUCAGGAGGCUUCAGGAGAAGCGAACAAAACACUAGAUUCGAAACUUCCAGUCGCCGUCAAAGUAGACGAGAAAAAAGAGGAUAAGCGUUUUGUUGCUCAGAAGGUCGAGGCUGUAAAACUCCCGGAUAUUACGAAGAAACCAGAUAGCCAAUUAGAAGAGAAUAAAAAAGAACGACCAAAGCUACGUUUAUCAAUUCAGGGAAACAAAGCGGAAACAGUCUCUGGAGGCGAAUCGCAGGAUAAUAAGUCUGUUCAAUCCCCGAAGGUUACACCAACAGAAAAGAAAGUCGAAGUUCCUAAAACUUCGGAACUCCCGGGAUCACCUGCAAGUAAAGUAGAAAUCUCUAAAUUAGCAGAAAAAAAGACUACACCUUCAGAACACCAAAAACCUACAGUCGAAGGACCCAAAACUCCAGAAAGUGCGAAAUCACAAGAAAAACCUCCAGCAAAGUCUUCAUUACCAAAAGCAGAGAGUUCAAAAUCUGAACCCGCAAAAACACCAACAAAACUACCGGAUAGUCCGAAAGCAACUCUCGAGCAACCCAAAACACCAACAACAGCUAUUAAUAAACCGUUAGAAAAAUCAUCAACAAAGAAACCGGUUGAUAAGAAACAAAUAGAAAGCUCCAAACAAGAGCCCAUCAAAGCAAUUGAUAAAAACGUAGAACGUUCUGAAAAAUCAAUAGACGUUUCAACAGCGUCAAAAACACCGAAAGGCUCUACAGUCAGUACUCCAGUUACGACACCUGAAAGUGCCAAAAAAGUAGAGGUUCUAAGCCCUCCAAUCAAAGUUCCGGAAAGUCCAAAACCAAAAGUAGAAACAUCCAAAACCCCGACGAAAGUACCCGAAAGUCCGAAGUUUGUUAAAGCGCCAGAAAAGGUCGUUGAAAGUAAAGAAUCAGUUACAAAAGUUGUUUCUUCAACCAAGACUUCAAGUAUCCCAAGACCAGUAGCAACAGCUUCAGAAGAAUCUUCGAAAGUGUCCACCAAAACAACAGCAGAUAACAAAGCUUCAGUAUCAUCGAGUCGUGUCUCUAGUACUCUAUCAACAGUUUCAGGCAGUAAACUUGUGGAGAAUAUAUCUAGUUCCCCGAAGAAACCCAGCCCAGUUCCUGUUAAGCAGGAUACUGCAAAAAAAUCCGACUCAUCUGAGCUUAAAGCAGUAGAGAAAAAACAGUUCGAAGUCAACAAGGUCGAAUCGGCGAAGCUACCGGAAUUACCGGCUAAGAGUAAAGCAGAUUCUGAUUCUUCUUUAGCGGUUGACCCGCAAGAACCUUCUCUAGAGAGUCUUAUAGAACAGAAAUCUAGUGAAGAGGUUCUUAAACAUAAAAUAGAAGAUAUUUACGCUAGAGAACGAGCAGCACUUGCUGAGGCUAAACGUAUUCGACAAGCCGAAGAAGAGGAAAUCCGAAGAAAGUUUGAACUACAAAGUAAAAGAGAGAUCCAACAGAUCAAAGAAACAGUAUCUGAGCUACUCGAACAGAUCCAGGCUACCAAGCAGUCUGUACAGUGUGUAAUAGGUGACAGUGAGAACCCCAUUAACCAACCACCCACAUUAGUAAAGGCAGCAGAUAACGGUUUUAAUUCCGACCAGCAGAAGACGUCCCUACCACAGGAAUCUGGUGACCAAGAAGAGUCAGGACAACAAGAAGACUCUAGUGAAGGUCAAGGUGGGGAUCAAGGCGAAAACGGUAGAGAAAAUCAAGACGGUUCGGGUGAAGGUAACGGAGAUAAACGAACUCCACCACCGCUUCAACUACCAACAUUUUUCGAUCCACCUCCUCCACCAAUUUACCAGGCUACUAUUGAAGUGUUUAUCAAAAAAGAACGUCCUCCUCCGCCGCCACCCCCGAAAAUUACUAGAAAACUAGUGGUGAACACAGACGAACUAGAACGAAAAACUCAACUCUUUUUGGAGGGCCACAUAGAAGGACCAGAUCCAGACUUUUCCACUGCGGCCGCUCAACGAAAAAUCAAAGGUAUUAAGCAUUUGUUUGGAAAAACCGGCGAGACAGUUCGUUACGCCGAGGAUACGAUCCACAAAGCUGAACAAGGUGAAUUUGAAAGUAUAAUCAUACCCGAGGAAGAAGAGCGAAAACCAAAAGAACCCGUGUACGAAUACCAGUACACAGUAGAGGACUCGGUUACUGGAGAAAAAAUUUGCACAGCCGACCCCAAUUUAGAGCUGAUAGAGAAAAAACUAGCAAUGGAAGAACAAUAUUCUACCAAACAUCCUGCGUCACGCUAUUCAUCGCGCAAAGGUCGCAGCAUUGAAGCGCAACUUGAGGAACUAGCAGAAUUCGAAUUCAAGCACGAAGAGAAGAUGUCGUCAACUCAAACUGAGGCACUCCGAGUGCCCACCAACAUUAGACCCCGCUUUUUGAAGGCAAUUCACGGUCUAAGCGUCGAGCCCGGCGAGAAUGCCAAAUUUGCCUGCCAGCUAGAUGAACGCUCCGACCUUCAGUGGCUUAAGGACAACAGACCGCUGGAUGACAAGCUUGCCGAUCGUAUCAUCACGAAGCAAUCCGAUGAUCUGCAGUACUCGCUGGAAAUCCAGCACUGUCGUGAAGAGGAUAGCGGCACUUACACCGCUCGCGCUAUAAACGGAUCCGAGAAUGCUUCCUGUACUGCCCAGCUAACCGUGGAGAAAUUGACACCACAACAAAGAAAGGCCAUGGCAGAAACCAACUCUCCGGUAUUUCUUGUGAAACUGAAGGAUACCGAAGUUAUCGAGAAGACCUAUCUUACCUUCAUGGUCAAGGCAAAAGGAGACCCGAAGCCAAAGAUUCGAUUCUGCAAAGACGAUCGUGAAAUUGUGGACACCGACAAGCGUAUGAAGGUCGUUCGCGACCGUGAGGACAGCGGUUACUUCGAGUUGAUUAUUCCGGAGGUACACAAGGGCGACUGUGGUGUCUACUCGUGUACGGCGUAUAACAAAUUCGGUAGCACCAAAACUGAAGCGCAACUGCUAGUGACUGACCAAAAAGAGCUAUUCAAUGAACUGGACAGUCUCGCGGAUAAGACCAAACUCGUUUGGAGAAAGAACGGUGUUCCCUUCGAUCCUGAGGAGCGAUUUAAAGUGCUAAUGGCUGAUGACUCCGACUCGUUGGCACUUGUCUUCCAGCACGUGAAACCAGAGGAUGCUGGACUCUACACUUGUGUUGCCGCAACCGCUUCCGGCAAUAUCCAGUGUAGUGCUGAACUCACGGUUCAGGGACAGGUUAACCAACUUAUACAGGAGCCAUGUAAGCCGCACAUAGUAAUUGAAUCGAAGGAGGCACUGGCGCGAAUUGGUGGUAAAGCAUUGAUUGAGAUUAAAGUCCACGGCUAUCCAAAGCCAGAGCUCGUGUGGCGUCACGAAGGCACCAUUAUCGAAUCGGGUGAUCGCUUCAAGUUCCUCUACGAGGAUGCAGAAUCCGUAUCGCUGGUCAUCAUGAACGCACAGCCCUCGGACGCCGGUGCCUACUCGAUCGUUGCGCAGAACGAACUGGGCGAAGAUUCUACGUUCAUUAACCUGAUUGUCAAAUGUCCACCGAGAAUCAUCAAACCGGCUGACAUGUCUGCUAUGGUUGGGGAACAUUAUAAAAUGUCCGUCGAUGUGGAAGCCAUCCCUGAAGCAACUGUUCGUUUCUAUCGCAAUGGUAGAGAAGUCAAAGAGAACGAGCGCAUCAAGUUCCUAACUGCGGAAACUUAUCACAUCAUUAAGUACAGUCCAGUCGUAAUGGAAGACGCUGGCAACUACUCGAUCAUAGCCACCAAUGAAAUCAGUCAAGCAACUGAGUUCUGGGAGUUUACUGUCAAUUCACCACCGCGUGUUAUUCAUAAGCUGCCCCCAGAAACCAUCGUUAAUGAGAAGGAAGAUAUUGAACUAGUUAUUAAGGCGGACAGUAACCCGAUGCCUUUCGUUCGCUGGUACAAAGAUGGCAGGGAAGUGAUUGCAGACGGGAAACGGGUUAUCAUCACCGAAGAUGAUGGUCGCUUCACGCUGAAAAUACAUGCAGCCAAUCGUGAUGAUACUGCCAAGUACACAGCUGACGUUAUCAACGACUUUGGAACGGUAACUGAACGUUCCCAGGUGAAUGUUAACACUGAUGCAAAGGUUCGUGAAGAGUUGAACCCAAUCACAUACAAGGAAGGGGAUCGCAAUAUUAUGUUGGCAGUUAAAGCCGACGGCUAUCCAAGACCAACAGUACAAUGGUACAUCGAUGGUAUUGAGAUUACUGAAUCUCGCAACGAAUUCCGUGUUGAGGAAGAAGGUCUGUAUUACAAAUUGUUCAUCAAGGAAGCAACGGCGGAGCUACAGGGAAUUUACAAAGCCAAGUUCACAAACGUGUACGGAUCGGAUGAGUGCAGCGCAAAAACAACAAUCCUAUGUACACCCAAAGUUCGCAAGUCUCUGGUAGAUACCGAGGUCGAUGAAAACACCACUCUCACUCUCGAAGUUGAAAUCUACGCCGAGCCGGAGCCGCAAAUCACGUGGUACAAAAAUGGUCAACCUGUGCAAACCGAUGCCCGCUUGACCAUUAAGAGAGAUUCUCAGCGCGUGGAAAACUAUACUCUUUCGUUAACAAUGGUACGCGGUGCUGACUCCGGAGAUUACGAAGUACGCGCAGUCAACUCCAUGGGAACAGCCACCAGCAAGUCAAGAGUCGUUGUACAAAAGGCCCUUAUAGCGAGCCCCGGUGAGAAUGGUGAAGCACACCAUGUAUUUAGCGAGUGUACCAAAAUCGGCCAGAAUGGGGAGACGAUCAUGAUCUCGGUUCACACCGAGGAAAGCCAUGCCGCUAUCGUUACAGGACCAGAAGCAUCUCAUUCAAUCCAUCAGAUGCGUGCUACCACCGUCAUCUUCGAGGAGGACAGUGGAUCUCCGGUGGAAGCAAUGCAGCGAAUAAUCUACCCUAACAAACCACACGCUACGGCUUUGCACGUUGAAGAAGUUGACAGUAUUACCUUCGAAUCGCCGGAGGAAACCGCCAAAUAUCAUAGUCUGUCGGUAACCGAAUCCACUGGUACCAAAUGGUUCAUCGAAGAACACGAAUCGGACAACGAAGCAGCUAAUGCAACUGGGCACCACUCACGUGGUAUUUCCAUCACUUCUGCCUCUGAUGAUGAACUUCUUUCCCCCGAGGUUAGCCGAACGCAAAUAGCAGAAGUAGAGCAAAGACGAUUCGAGACUAAUAGGGAGGAUGUGGAAGUAAAUGUCGCAAAAGUAGCAGAUCAAGCAACGUUACGCAAAUUAGAGAAGCAAGACAGUGCUUCCGGUGACCUUGAUAAACCCAAAAAAGUUCACUUUGAAGAACAAGUAACGGAAAGUUCAACGAAGGCUUGUUUGUUCGAGCAGCAUAGCAGAGAGGAUGUAGACUCGACCGCUAAAGGAAAAGUCAACGCAGAAAAUAAACUAGCAACAUCAGAUACGGGAAAACUUUUAGAAAAUGGCGGCGAUAUGGAAGAAGUAUUUAUUAAGAACAGCUUCGCAACCAGUAGAGAUGCCGAUCAUCAAGAUGAUCCAAAAUCAGCUUUGUUGACAGAAACUGCCGAUAGGCUGACAGUCCAAGAUGCAGAUAAAGUAAAUCACACAGAGGCGAGCAGCGUAUCGUCCCAAAACGCUCGAGAAGUACAGAAGGGAAUUUCAGAUGAAAUUAGUCAAAUCGAGUCUGGAAAAUCGAAAACUGCGCCAAUGGAUUCACAUGCUGGACAGGCUGAGACACAGGAAGAAAUUGAGGAGGUCAAGGUAAAGCCUAAAAAAUUAGACUUACAAUCUGUCGAUGCUGGCAUCAAGAACGCAUCGGCACAAGACAGUGCAGAGGACUUAGAUAAGCAAAAAUCCGAGAGGUCAAAGGAGGACGCACAAGAAAUAAUUCAGGACAAGGCGAAAAAACAGGAAACCAAAGAAGGCGAUGUUGUGAAGCAACCAGAAGCUUCACCGGAAAUAUUGAAAACGGACAUUGCGGAUGUAACGACGUUUGAUUCUCUGCCGCUAACAUGGACUGUGGAAGCUGAUGGUAUUCCCAGACCUUCCGUGACAUGGUACCAUAACGAUACAGAAGUCAAAUCUAGUGAUCGAAUCCAUAUUACCGACUCGGGUACAACUUACAAGAUCGAAAAUCGCGAUGUCAAAGAAGCCGAUGCUGGUGAAUGGAAGGCCGUGGUCAAAAAUCGUAUUGGCGAAAAGAUUCUUCCGUGUCAGCUAACCGUUAUCCCUUGCAAGGAGUAUCGCCGUCCCAAGAUUAGUAAGGGUCUGCAAAACGUCAGUGUCCACAAGAAUGAACCAGUUACUCUGACCGUGACGCUGACAGCUGACCCGGAGCCGGAAAUCAGCUGGAUUCAGAAUGGAGUCGAAGUGCAGGCGGACAACUUCGUACAGAUGAAAACGGAAAUCAAGGAGCUGGAAUAUAAUCUCAAGGAGAUAACCUACACUCUGUAUAUUGCGGAAAGCCGGCAUUAUGAUACAGGGGACUACACUUUCCGCGCCAAGAACAAAUACGACAUCAACGAGUCGAACGGUCGUUUGGACGUUUUAUUGAAACCAGAAAUCGAGAACUUUACCGACAUUACUGUAAUGCCCUUCACCCAAGGUGUCUUCCAGGUGUUGGUUAAGGCCAAUCCAAAACCUAGAGUUACCUGGACCAAGGAUGGCAUCAAUCUGUGCAAUGUCGAUAAUUGUGAUGUGAUCGUAGACGUAGAAAAAGAGAUCUACACCCUACUUGUUGAAUCGUGCGCUCUUGCUGAACACGGUACCUAUACACUGACUGCAGUGAACUCAUUUGGUGAAACCACCGCGACCGCUAAACUGAAUGUCCACACCGAAAAACCAAAGUUCAACAUCGAACCGGAAAGUAUGAACGUUCACGAUUGGGCCGACUUCUACAGCAAGGUUGAAGUAGUGGGUGUUCCUAGGCCAUCAAUACAGUGGCUGCGUAACGGAACUCCAUUAGAUCUAGAAGAGAUAGACGAAGAAACUGACGUGCCCAAAGUGAAAGUUGUUACAUCCGGAGACACGGUUGUUACUAGCGAGAUAUUUAUCAGUCACUUCAGUCCUGAAUGGCAGGGAGAUUAUUCCUGCCUUGCCUCAAGCAUCGGUGGCGAAACGGAAGCCAAAUUUAUGAUUCUCGUUAAGAACGAGCAACCUGUCUUCGGAAAAGGACUUGAUCGUACUAUGGACAUGGAAGAAGACGACCGCUUGGAAUUGUCCUGCAUUGUUGACGGCAGUCCAUUACCAAAGAUGACGUGGUACAAGGACGGCAACGAAAUCACAGCUGACGAUCAUGUUAAGAUUACCUAUGGCCAUGAUGGUCGAUGUCGGUUGGUAAUCGAAAGUGUUGAUCCUGGAGACAGUGGCUGCUACAAAUUGGUUCUGUCGAACAAGAGUGGCGAUGUUUCCACCCAAAGCUCGGUCGCCAUCACACCAAAGCAACGUUACCCGGUGUUUAUCCGCCCUCUGCAGGACCAGAAUGUCGUCAUUGGCGAAACACUGCACGUGGAAGGCAAGAUUGCCGGUUUCCCAAUGCCAGAGGUGCGAUGGUUCAAGGAUGGUCUGCCACUUCAUCAUACCCGUACAAUCAAUUUCAUAAACGAACCAAAUGGAAUCGUCGGGUUUAUGAUUGACCGCGCAAUUCCCGAGGACGCUGGAAUCUAUACUUGUGAAGUGGUGAAUGCUGUCGGAAAGGCAUCUUCCGCUGCCAUUGCUGAAGUUAUUCCAAAGUCUAAGAAACCACAAUUCGUUAAUGAGCUACAGAACUUGAGUAUUGUUGAAGGGUAUCCAAUCAAGCUGAACGUAAAAGUUGUUGGUUUCCCAGCUCCGGUUAUCACCUGGUUGCACAAUGGGAAGCCUAUUUCUGGAGAUCGGUUUACUAUUACUGAAGAAGGCGAAGGUUGUUCGGUUCUAUCUGUCGAUAAAUCAGUUGCCGGUGACGCCGGAGAAUAUCAGGCUGUUGCAUCCAAUGAAAAUGGAGACACACCAAGCAUUGCUACAGUAACCAUACUACCAGUUACCGAUACUUCUACUGGUGAAGAACCACCUAGCUUCCUCGGAGGUCUCCGCGAUAUCACGGCAGAUGAAGGCAAGGAACUCACGUUCAAUGCUCGCUUCGUAGGAAACCCAGCCCCGGAAGUUAUUUGGACAAAAGAUGGUGAGCCACUACAGCCGACCGGCCGCGUUACUGUCACGUGUGAUGGUAAAAGUGUUGGAUUGACCAUUUCCCCUGCCGAAAUGGCUGACUCUGGUGAAUAUGCAUGCCUGAUGGCUAAUCCCCUGGGUGAAACCGAAACAAAAGCCUCAGCUAUCAUUCGCAAGAUGUUCCAGAAACCGAACUUUGUUUAUCGCUUUUCGAACGUGCAACAGCUGCCAGGACUGGAAGCAAAGUUCCCUGCCAAAUUGGUUGGAAAUCCACGCCCCACUGUACAAUGGUACAAAAAUGAAACUCCGAUUAAUCCUAAUGAUCGGUACAGGAUGAAAUACGAAGGUGAACAUUGCUGUUUGUACAUUAAAGAAUGCGUUGAAUCCGACACCGGAUUGUACUCGUGUGUUGCCACCAAUCGUGAAGGUAACAGUACCGUGGAAGCCAAAUUGGAUGUUGUUUCGCAAUUAACCAGAGGAGAAGAGCGCACUCCUGCAAGCUUUAUGAAAAAACCGGUUGAUAUGACGGUACUUGAAGGAAUGAAAGCCAAGUUUACUGCUUGUGUAGAUGGAUUUCCUCUACCAACUGUGGAAUGGAUACGCGAUGGUCAUCGUUUGGUACCGAGUGAAAAAUACCGCAUCGAGUCUGAAAUUAAUGGUAUUGCUCGUUUAAUUAUCGACGACGUUAAGGAAGAGGAUCUCGGAAGGUAUACAUGCAAAAUAAGCAACAAUCUAGCCGAAGUCUUGGCACACGUAAAUCUAUUCUUCGAACCAUUGGACGCUUGCCCCAGGCGACGUUAUGGAAAAACUAAAGAUAAAAAUUAUCUGCAUACUGCACCGUACCCAUUGAUGGACAAACCAAUUAUCUCAAAAUUAACCGACCGUCGUUUGACGUUGUCCUGGAAACCAUCGAUGACAACCGUUCCGCGGUAUCCCAUCACCUAUCAAAUGGAGAUGAUGGAACUACCUGACGGCGAUUGGCACACAGCCCGUUCAGGAAUCCGUAGUUGCUCAUGCGAAGUGCGCAAUCUGGAACCAUUCCGUGAUUACAAGUUCCGAAUUCGGGUGGAAAACAAGUAUGGAGUCAGUGAACCGAGUCCCUAUGUUCAAUCAUAUAGACAGAAACUGGAGCCCAUGGCCCCGGUAUUCUAUCCAUAUCUUGGGCCGGGACGCGAUUUCCGUCCAGAUACUUCCCCAUUGUAUCCACGGAACUUCGAUGUAGAACGAGCCACUCGCCAUGACCAACGAACGGGAAUUCCACCGGAAUUCCUACGCCAGGAGUUUCCGGCUCAGUAUGGAACCAAAAAUCAUAACGUUAGCCUGUUCUGGUUUGUUUAUGGUUAUCCAAAGCCAACAAUGACCUACUACUUUAACGAACAAAAGAUUGAAGCCGGUGGUCGUUAUUGCUUCAGUUAUACCAGAAACGGUCAGGCCACGUUGUUCAUCAACCGUAUGACCGAACGCGAUGUAGGUGUCUACGAGGCAGUUGCCACCAAUGAGUACGGCACUGUAAGGCAACGUGUUUGUUUAGAGUUGGGAGAAUAUCCACGGUUCCUUCAGCGACCGGAAGAAGUGUUUAUCAUGGGACGGCGGUCAGGACGUGUCGAAGCAAAGAUAACCGGUGUACCGUUCCCGGAUGUGAAAUGGUACAAGGACUGGCAACCAAUUACGGAAUCAUCUCGGCUUAAGAUGAUCUUCUACGAACCAGACACUUGGGUUCUACUGAUUACCGACGCGAUCAAGAAAGACGAAGGACUUUACUCGCUGAGCGCUCGUAACGUCAUAGGAGCGAUUAGCUCGUCGGUUAUGGUUCAUGUUGAGGACAACGAAGAGGAUUACGUAUAUAAUGCGCAUCACCGUACGCCCUAUGUACGUGCUAGAAAUAAGGUAUACGAAGAUUAUUACGAUAUUGGCGAUGAAAUCGGAAGGGGUACACAGGGUAUAACCUAUCAUGCAGUCGAGCGAGCCAGUGGCCGUAAUUUUGCCGCCAAGAUUAUGUACGGCAGCCCGGAUCUCAGGCCGUUUAUGUUUAACGAGGUUGACAUUAUGAAUAUUUUGAACCACCGAAAGUUAAUCCGUCUUCACGAUGCGUACGAUAUCAAUAAAUCAUUGAACCUUAUUUUGGAGCUUGCGUCCGGCGGAGAGCUGGUGCGUGAUAAUUUGCUCACACAUGAUUACUAUACUGAGCGUCAAAUCGCAAUCUACGUUUAUCAGAUUUUGUUGGGUUUGGAGCAUAUGCACACCCGAGGUAUUGGUCACAUGGGUCUCACGAUUAAAGAUCUACUGAUCGCGCAUCCUGGAAGUGACAAUCUAAAAAUUUGUGACUUUGGAUUGGCUCGUCGUAUUGAGGAUGAUAAGUUGUACACCCUGGACUAUGGAAUGCCAGAAUUCGUAGCUCCAGAAGUAAUCAACCGACUCGGGGUUGGUCUGGGACAAGAUAUGUGGAGCAUUGGCAUCAUAACGUACAUCCUCCUGGGAGGCUAUAGCCCAUUCUUGGGUCGCAAUGACAGAGAAACACUUACCAAAGUAAAAGAUGGUAAGUGGACUUUCGUUGGUAGCGUUUGGGACUUCAUCUCAGCCGAGGCACGCGACUUCAUCACAAAACUGCUGGUCUACGAGGAAGAACAUCGAAUGACUAUAAAGGAAGCUUUGAACCAUUCGUGGUUCGAUAUUAUUUACAAGCGUUCCUUUGAUGAAUAUCAGAUUGGCACGGAUCGCUUGCGUCGGUAUUACUAUCAUUACAGAGAUUGGUAUACCAAUGCUUCCUGCAGGACUUGGUACCGACGUCGCCCCUUGAUGAGCUGUUUUGAUCAUCCAUCUAAGAUGAUUUAUCCAUCUGGAAUUAUCUUCACUCCAGAGGGUACUCCGCCGCCAGUCACAGUCGACGAUAUUCCACACAAGCGCAGGAAGUGGGAUGAAUAUGUAUCCAAAGAUAUUCACCCUGAUUAUGAAACGGCUUCCUUCAAAUCCGAGAGUCACUAUCAGUAUGGUCCAGAUACAUACCUACUGCAACUGCGCGACACUAACUUCCCUUGCCGCCUGCGCGAAUACAUGAAGAUUGCUAAACAUCGGUCACCAAGUCUACUUAGCGAGAGCAACUAUGAUUCAAGUCUCCCGAUCAUUCGUGAACGUCGUCGUUUCACUGAUAUCAUGGAUGAAGAAAUCGAUGAUGAACGCAGAAGCCGUAUCAGUCGCUAUGGUACAGAUGACAGCGUAACUAUCAGCCGUCGGCUGCGUACAGAGGUGGGAACUAGGUUGGGUUCAUAUGCAGAAGCAGAAGCUCUGAUUGAAGUAAAACGUGAAGGUCAUGCCCCGUUCUUCCGCGAAAAGCCUCAAACGGUGGCCAUUCGCGAAGGAGAACCUAAUCAACUAAUAUGUUAUGCAGUUGGUGAUCCCAAGCCAUCCGUAACGUGGUUCCGCAAUGAUAUGGUCGUCACAGAUAGUGGACGCAUUAAAGUUUUGGAUGAUGUCGACGGACGUUCUGUAAUUCAAUUCCAUCCAGCAUCACACAGCGACUGCGGUAUUUACAAGGCUGUAGCAAGUAACAGAAUCGCCAAGACUGUAUCACGUUGUAGGGUGGUGAUCGCCAUUAUACCGGAUGCUCCUGAUUGCCCAGAUGCCGUAGCGGCUAGCGACACCGAAGUUUUGUUGCGCUGGAAACAACCAAGAAGCGAUGGCAAUUCACCGGUUAUUUGUUAUUGCUUGGAAAUAAAGGAACACGGAAAACCUGAUUGGGUAGAUGUUGCCAGCAAUAUAGAUCAUGAGUUUUAUCUGGUGCAUAGCUUGACACCGAAUACCGGGUACCAGUUCCGGUUGGCUGCAUACAAUCGCAUUGGCUGGAGUGACCGCGGUAUUCCAACGAAAACUGUAAGCACUUUGGAUGUCGGCGCACCAAAGAUUCAAAUUACAAGAGCCAUGAAGCAGCUGCAGCAAUUGACGGAGUCUGGUCAACAGGUUGCCCCGGAGGAACGGUCAGGCCGUUUGGACUACAGCUAUGAAAAGACCCCAUUGAAAUGGAGCAUCGAAGGCAACUAUAACGAAAAGUUCAGCUUUAUGUCUGAAAUAUCGCGAGGCCGUUUCUCUAUCGUCGUGAAGGGUUUGGAGAAGGCGACCGACAAAAUCGUUGUCGCUAAAAUAUUCGAACUGGGAGAUGAACGUGUAGCUGAAGCAGCCGAGCGUGAGUUUGAAAUGCUACGUACUUUGCGGCACGAACGCAUUGCUUGUCUCCUGGCUGCAUUCAAACCGAAGAAUACAUCCAUUGCCGCGCUGGUGAUGGAGAAACUGCAAGGAGCCGAUGUGCUGACUUACCUCAGCAGUCGAUCAGAAUACAGCGAACAGAUCGUAGCAACGAUCGUUACGCAAAUCCUCGAUGGUUUACAGUAUCUCCACUGGCGUGGAAUUUGUCAUCUGGAUUUGCAGCCGGAUAACAUCGUCAUGUCUUCCGUGCGACAAGUGCAGAUCAAGCUGGUAGACUUUGGAUCGGCUCAGUACGUGUCCAAGUUAGGCACGAAUGUACCAAGUCUAGGAUGGUUGGAUUUCACCUCCCCAGAAGUACUGAAUGGCGAAGCUGCCUAUCCGCAAACUGAUAUUUGGUCUGUUGGCUGCCUGGCAUAUCUCUUCCUCUCAGCCACCAGCCCGUUCCGAGGUGGUGAUGAAGCUGAAACCCGGGCAAAUCUUAGCUUCGUGCGAUAUCGCUUUGAAUAUUUAUUCAAGGAAGUUACACAGGAAGCAACACGAUUCCUGAUGCUAAUCUUCAAACGUGCUCCAACAAAACGUCCAUCAGUGGAAGAAUGCUUCGAGCACCGAUGGCUUGUUCAUACUGAUUUUAUGAUCAAGAAACGAGAACGCGCGAUUUUCCCGGGUAGUCGCCUUAAGGACUUUUCCGAACACUAUCAUACGAUAAAAACGAACGAGGCCACCAAAUCGGAGACCAUCUCCAGUAUCGGUGGUCAAUCCCCUCGGCAAUUGCUCAGAUCCAACAGCAUCCAGGAGGAACUCUUAACCACUUUUUAAGUUCACUAUUGCAUUGUUACAAUACACACAUAUUUCUUAAUCGUCUCUUGAAUCCUUGAACUAUUUAUUUAUUGUUUUAUUUAUCAAUCGCAUAGCAUAGCGUAAAGGUUCUAAGCAUUCAAGCUUCCCUAGUUUUCGCAAGCCAGUUUUGUACAUACUAAUAAAAAAGAGAUUAAAACUGAGAGCAGAAAAUCUGAAGUAGCAAAUUUAUAUUUUAAUAUAUGUGAUAUCCGAGUCGGAAACAUUUUUAUAUGAUUUUUUAACCGAAACUAUAACCACAAAUACGUUACACAUCCCUGAAGAAACGACUCGGACCAUAUAUUGUCUCUAUCUCUUUCGCUUUGUGUUUAGUAGCGCGCAGGGAAAUAGCAGGAAACAACUUAGAAUUUGAUGUAAGCUUAAAAACCGCCACAAAAAUCAAGUCAUAAAACAGAUAUACCUACCAUUCGAAGAAGAAAAAACGUAAAACUCUAAGAACUGGCAGUUAAAAAAAAAAACAAAAACACGUGUAAAAUUUGUUAAUUUUAAUGCAAUUUAAACAAUUCACAUAUUUCGGAAGCUUUAAAAUUGUAGUAAAGAAUGGAUUUUCAGUUCCAGUUAUUGUUGCAAGAUUUUUAUUUUAAUAAAUAAGUGGGCAUACCAAAUA